CGCAUUCGGUAUGGUGUCGCUUUGGAAACAAGUUAAUUCAUUCGUGAUAAGCAGAAACGAGUUUUCUACCAAUACCAAAGAAAAAUAGAAUAUCUUAAAUAUUCAGUAGAAAUGGAGCGAUUGAGCGAACGUGAUCGUGUCGUCUUAAACGUAAUAUUUGAUCCAAUUCAAGCGCAUGGAUCGAUUGAUUUUUCAGAAUAUAAUGAUCCUGACGCAUUGAAUCAAAACGAAAGAGAUGCUUUACCCGAGAACAUUUGGGAUAUCUUGAAACAGGCUAUAUCUCACGCAGAGUCCGAAAAUUUUGAUGAAUCUUUUCGUUUAUUUGAGGAAGCUUUAAAGAAAGCACCUUCUUCCCCAUCCAUUUUGAAUGAUAGAGCUCAAGCAUUUCGUUUAGCUGGUCGUGAUAAUGAAGCAUUAGAGGAUCUGCAUAUGGCAGUUAAACUUAGCCAAGGAAAAGGAAAAGCAGGCAUUCAGGCGCUUUGCCAACGUGGAAUAUUGUAUCGUUACAUGAAGGAGGAUCAAAAAGCUAAAGAAGAUUUUACGCUGGCAGCCGAAGCUGGUUCGAGCUUUGCCAAAUCACAGCUCGUUUCUUUAAAUCCUUAUGCAGCUAUGUGUAAUGCUAUGUUACGUGAAAUUAUUCUGAAAUCCACUCGUCAUUGACGAUAUCGUCGCUAAUUCUAAUAACAGAAGGAUCAGAUCUGUGAAAAUGACAUGUUAAAUGAGAAAUGAUAUAUUAAAUUAUACAAAAGUUUUAAAUGAAAUUAUAAA